AGUAAAAAAAUAAUGGUUGAUUGAUUGAUUGUCAAAAAAUAAAAAAAAUAUUAUUUUACUUCAUUUACCAAGCAUUACACGCCGAAAUGUGGAAAUUAGACUAAAAAUAAUUGAAUUUGAAUAAAUUCUAAAAUGGCUUCUGGUAGGCCAAGAGUGUCGGCCCAUGGCGAUUCCAUGAACUCCGACGAUCUUGUCCCGCCGGGAACCACAGGCAUGGAGCAGGAUACAUCUUCACUGACCGUGCCCAGAGUAGUCAAACUGUCCAAGAAAGGCAUCGAAAAUGCCAAGAAGAGACUACGGGCGUUCUCCAUUCAAAAGAAGACGCCAAUCACGCCUAUUGUAGUACCAAAACCCGUUAACACUGGAAGCACUACAGUGUUGAUCGGCAAGCUGAGCAGUGUCCGAACCACCCCGAAGCCAGACGUGGAGCCCGACAAGAAACCGCCCAGGCCGCCCAAGCCCGGGGCCAGUAAGAAAAAUUUUCAAGAUUCAUACACGGAGUUGCAAAAGCGCACCCUAUCAGAAAUCGAGGAUAUGAAGCGGAAAAUGGAGCUGGUGGAACUGGGCAUCCCGUUGGGGCUGAUAUGCCCUAGCUCGACCAGCGAGAAGGCCAUGCCUACAAAAGCCAUGCCUCCCAUCAAGACAUUCUUAGACGAAACAAAGGUGGAUGAGCUCAUACGUGAGGCUAAAAAGGCGAAGGCUGCUGGCAAAGAUUUCAAAUUCGACUACCAGAAACUUCUGCCUGACUACGACAAUCCGUUUCAAAGAAAAAAAGAUGAAUUCGUGCCGAAUGAAAAAGAGAAAAUCGAGGACGACCGCGCUUCCUCCUCAAGCAAGAACAAAGCAGACAGAGAAAAAGAAUCAGAAUCCAGUUACAAACCCAGGACAUCUGAUAAGUAUGAACGAAGGCACUCUGACUACAGAAAAGAUGACAGGAAAGAUAGAUACAAAGAUAAGAGUAAAGAAAGAGACAGGGAGAGGGAUAGAGAAAGAGACAGAGAUAAAGAUAGGGAUAAGAGUAAGGACAAAGAAAAGGACAAAGAUAAAAAGGACGCAGAUCGUGAAGUGAAAAAAGAUGAUAAAGUUCCUAAAGAAACAGAUGUGAAUCUAAAUGAUUAUUUAGUCUGUGAUACUUGGUCUUUAGAUAAUGAGGAUAAGUCUAUUUCUAGUCCUAAGGUUGACCCUACGAGGUACUCGAUGAUGAGGGCUAAGCACGCAGCCGACUUGCUGAAAGCAAGCCUGAUGAAUAGGGACAGGUGUUCCGAAAGUCCCAGCGGUAAACCGGCGAAGUUAGAGAAACUGCAACCAGUGAUGGAUUCUUUCGAAUACGAAAUUGACCCAACCGAAGACGAAGCGUUAGACAUGUUUGACGAAGAUUCGGUGCUGGAAAAGUUUAAUAAACCGACGAUAGUUAAGGACGACCCGUUCGAUUCUCCGAUAGAUCUGAAACUGUUUGAUUAUGACCAAGAUUUGACUAAGGAAGGUGUGAUAGACGCGAAUGACGAUAAUUUCUUGGAAUCUGUUAUUAACGAGAUCAAGCAAGAGAAUAUGAGUGAUGAGACUAGUCAGGACAAGGGUUUGGUUGAAUACGAUUCUCCCAAAGACGAUUACGAUGAUAAUUCCAAAAACGACGCGAGUUUGGGUUCAGUGACACCUGAAUUGGAUGACAGGAUGCGAGACUUGCAAUCGAGUCAGCGUAGUAACUACUCAGACGGUUACAGGUCUACCGAAAGCGGUUACAAAUCAACCGAGAGUGGUUACAAGUCAACAGAGAGUGGUUACAAGCAAGCGGACAACUACCGUCUUUCGGUGGAAAAGGAAUUGGACGAUUCGUUGGAAGCCAACAAUAUGUCGAAGAGCACCGUGGAUUCACUGGAGACGUGGAGCUUCGUGCUCAAGAUAUGCCAGCCGUUGCUGUUCAGGCACGACAGGAAUAAAUGCUACAAGGAGACGCACAGCCACCCUAAGAUCUGGUUCGCGGAGAACCCCAAAGGCUGCAGCUGUGUCAAAGACCGUUCCGUGGUGUAUGAAGAGCUGGAAAUGUGCAAGAUGGCGCUUGUAGACCGUGUCUACGGCUGCGACCAGAUCCCCGACGAGGCCCCGCUAAAGGCCCGGGCUUGGUACCCGCGCGGGGCGUUCUGCGGCCCCGCGCCCGCGCCCGCGUCCGACUGGGAGGACGAGGAGCGGCCCCCGCCCCCGCCAGGGUCGUUGACCCCGCAGCAUACUGAGGAAAUAUAUCUGGAUAGGGAGUAUCAGAGGUUCAUGCAAGCCGUCUGGCCAGACGUGUCCGAGCCCAAGGACACUUCUCGAAGCACCACGCCCAUCCGCCAGGUCGCCAGAAAGAAGAAGAAGCCAGAAGAGACUGAGAAAGAAGAAGAUAAGAAGAAAGUCAAAAAGGUCAAGCUUAGCAGCGAGGGAUGGAGCCAGGAAUCCGACGUGGAAGAGGAUAGUGAGAAACACAAGAAGUUAAAGACAGAAAAAGAGAAGUCGCGCAAGCGCAAGCACUCAGUUUCGAGCGAGACCACGCCCACCGAAAGCGACGAUAGCAAGAAGAAGAAAAAGCUGAAAAAGAAGGGUAGUAAGAUACUAAAGGCUAAGUUGGCAAAGAAGCGUCGCAAGGAUAAGAAGAUGAAGAAACGCCUUAAGGACAAACAGAAGAAGAAGAAGAAAACACCGAAGGUCGAGGAGAUCAGCGACGACUCUGGAGAUGAGAAAGAAAAGAAAAAGAAAAUCAAAAAGAAAAAGCAACUAAAACUCAAGAAAAUCCAAAAGAAGAAGAAAGUGCAAGUGAAAUCUUCUAGCAGCUCAUCUUCAAGCACUAGCAGCUCCGACAGCGAGUCCGAAGAAGAAAGAAAGAGGAAACAGAAGAAGAAAGAACUAGCCGCUAAAAAGAAAAAAGAUAAAAAGAAGAAACGUAAACAAUCUUCAGAAAGCGACGAACUGUUCGACGUUAAUGUACUAAACAACAUAAAAACAGAAAGAAUGAGCGACGAUGAAUUCUCUCCAAGACGGCAAAAACCAAGAGAAAUUAUUAACGUGAAAGAACUACAAAAAGAUUUUGUAGGUAGUAACAUACAUAUAAAGCAGGAGAAAGUGGAGUCCCCUGUAGCAUCACCUAAAGAAGCAGUUAGUCCGCCGAUAGUAGAUAUUAAAGAAGAGAGCUGUGAGGUGCUGCAAGACCAAUCUACGCCGCCUGAGAAGGUGGAGACUAAAGAAGAAGUCGUGGAGCCAGUGAAGGAACCGACCCCAGAGCCAGUUCAAGAAAUUGAAUCGCCGAAUAAUAAUAUGCUAGAGGAAUCUCACUCCAUACCCCUCCCCGACGAUCCAAUCACAACUACCAAUUUGGAAGAUAUUGCUCUUCCAUCUGAAGACAACAGAACAGAUCAGAAAGCAGAACCCUCCCAAACUUAUUACGAAAUUAAAACCGAUCAGGCUGAUGUCUAUCAAAAGCAGGGCGAGAUCUAUGAGAAACAUGGGGAUACCUAUCAGAAACAGGGAGAUAUUUAUCAGAAGGAGGGGGACCUCUAUCAGAAAUACGGGGAUCUGUACCAGAAGCAAGGGGACAGUUAUCAGAAGCAAGGGGACACAUAUCAGAAACAAGGGGACACCUAUCAAAAACAAGGGGACACCUAUCAGAAACAAGGGGACACCUAUCAGAAACAAGGGGACAAUUAUCAGAAACAGGGCGACUCUUAUUCGAAACAGACUGAAUCGUAUACGAAACAGGGUGAUGUUUAUCAGAAGCAAAACGACAGCUAUCAGAAACAGGGCGAUCAGUACCAGAAGCAAGGGGACGUGUAUCAGAAGGAUUUAGAAGUGGAGGGGGAAGAGAAGUUUGCCGACAGCUAUGAGAUGUUGGAGCAGAUGGCUAUGGCGUAUCAGAGCGAUGUUGCUAAUCAGCACCUAUCAGGAACAGUACCCAUAGACCCGGCGUUGGAUUCGCCGCAAUCGCAGCGCAUCGAGACUGUGGUCCGGCGGCGCGGCGAGAUCAAGUGCGACUGGCGCGCCGGGGACACGCCGGCGGCCCAGCACACGCAGCAGCGGCCUUCGCGGUGGGCCUCUAAUGGUGCCUCGUCGCAGCGCAUGAGGCCAAAGUCUAUUACAGGUUUAAAUAUUCAGCGCAUCGAGACGGUGGUCCGGCGGUGCGGCGAGAUCAAGUGCGACUGGCGCGCCGGCGACACGCCGGCGGCCCAGCACACGCAGCAGCGGCCUUCGCGAUGGGGUCUGAAGCCGGGUGAAGUGAACAUAGUCCUGACAGGAGGGCCGGCGAGCGAGCCCGCCGUGGCUUAUCCCAUCCGCAGCGUACUGGAGCGCGGGCCCUACGAGAUACAGACCCUCGCCAAUAGGCAGGACCACCAGAACAUCGGGUACGAUGAAGCAUACAUGGACAUGUUCGGCUCAUCGGACCGCAUGCAAUACGGCGAUUGCUUCGCGACAGAGACCCCUGCGCCGCGUCUGUCAUCCCUGGAUGAAAGAAUCAACCGGGCACUCAGGGAAACCAAUCUUGGUGAAGUGACAAAAGAGACAGAUGAUGUGGAAACAGACAAAGAUACCCCAGAAAAGGGGAUCCUGGUUACCAAGUCGUUGUGUGUGGAGUCUUCCCGUAGCGCCAAGCGAGUCAGUUUCGCUGACGGGUACAAGCCUGGACAGGACUCCGACACAGAGGAGCCUCCCGUCAAGAAGCAUAUACAGAAAACCGACAUGGUUAACAACUGGACCUUGGUCCCCGAGCACAACACUCGCUCGGAAAGAAGCAAUUCCACAUUAGCUUCCUAUACAGGUCUGAAGCCGGGUGAAGUGAACAUAGUCCUGACGGGAGGGCCGGCGAGCGAGCCCGCCGUGGCUUAUCCCAUCCGCAGCGUGCUGGAGCGCGGGCCCUACGAGAUACAGACCCUCGCCAAUAGGCAGGACCACCAGAACAUCGAGAUAACCAAAAUAGCGGUUCUUAGGUACUGUUUGGGAGUUCUGGGACGUUGGACCAUGGUCACACCAGGUCUGAAGCCGGGUGAAGUGAACAUAGUCCUGACGGGAGGGCCGGCGAGCGAGCCCGCCGUGGCUUAUCCCAUCCGCAGCGUGCUGGAGCGCGGGCCCUACGAGAUACAGACCCUCGCCAAUAGGCAGGACCACCAGAACAUCGAGUACGAUGAAGCAUACAUGGACAUGUUCGGCUCUUCCGACCGAAUGCAAUACGGCGAUUGCUUUGCCACGGAAACUCCUGCGCCGCGUCUGUCAUCCCUGGAUGAAAGAAUCAACCGGGCACUCAGGGAAACCAAUCUUGGUGAAGUGACGAAAGAGACAGAUGAUGUGGAAACGGACAAAGACACCCCAGAAAAGGGGAUCCUGGUUACCAAGUCGUUAUGCGUUGAGCCUUCUCGCAGCGCCAAGCGAGUCAGUUUCGCCGACGGGUACAAGCCUGGACAGGACUCGGACACAGAGGAGCCUCCCGUCAAGAAGCGCAAGAAGGCGCGUCGCACCGGCUGCGCGUGGCCGUGUCCCGCCACGCACCCGGACCACGUGCCGCUGUGGGACGCGCUGCCGCCGCCGCCGCCGCCCGCGUCCCCGCCGCCGCCGCCCGCCGCCCCGCCGCCGCUGCACCUGCUGCGCCGCCCGCCCGCCCAGCCGCUGCUCACGCCGCCCGCCCACGGCCUCAAGAUGGCGCCCGCCGCCCCGCCGCCGCUGCACCUGCUGCGCCGCCCGCCCGCCCAGCCGCUGCUGCAACCGCCCGCCCACGGGCUCAAGAUGGACCCAAACGUGUCUCUGCCGCAGUUCAUGCCGCCGGAGCCUCCGCCCGGCCUCCUCAACUUCCCCUGAGACCAGUGAUGUUGUUCUAAGAUUGACUAAUUGUUUUAUAGAUAUAAGACGAAUUGUAAAUAAAUCUACUUUUUCUAAACUAGU